CUUAUUUUUAUUUGUAUCUUCUCCUUGACUGGCUUCGGUCCGCGCUCGUCCACCUGCGGUUUCCUCUUCGUAACCGGUCAGAGUCAGACCGGCGUGGAUUCUCCUUCCUCACCGGAAAAGCAUCUGUCUGUCUCUCUCUCUGACAAGAAUUCGGCCAACAACCAUGGUGCGGAGACUCGAAUAGCUUCUCCAUUCUCCUCUCACUCUCUUCUCCCUCAACGUCGAACAAUGAAAAGCCAACCCUCUUCCUUCUCUGUGUUCAAAUGUUCGCAGCCCACUAAUGGCAUGCACUCUUCCAGCUCCCACCUAUAAUUUUGUCUUUGGACUCUAGUGUGAUGGAGGUCGUGAAGCGAGUAUGAUCCACGCGUUUCAGUCGCUUAAUCCAUCCGUCUUCUUCAUUGUGUUUCUGCAGUUGUAAUAUUAUUAUAUGGUACGAUGGCAGUGGAUCUGAUUUUAAGGUUACUAAGCAAGAGAUGUUUGUGACUUAGAGAUUUGAGGCAGGAAGACACAGAGGAUCAUGGGGGAGAAUGAAGAUGAUAUGAUAAUGGAAGAGGAAAUUGGUGUAAAUGAUGGGAGCCAACCAAUAGGAGAGGAUGUUCACAUGGUUUUUGAAGAAGAUGAUGAGGAGUAUCACUAUGAGGAAAAUGAUGAGCUUCAUGGUGACGAUGAGAUGCCAGAAGUGGAAAGAGCGGACAAUGUUGAGGGUGAUGAAAAUCACAAGGUUGAGGCCCAUGUGAGUGAGGGUGUUGGCUCAAGGGGUUCAAUUCUAAAUACAGUUCUAUGGAACCAUGUAAUUAAAGGGAAACAAAGUGGAAAAGGGCGGGGUGGCACCAAAAUAUUCAAAUGCAAACAUUGUAAAGGUAUUUUCCAUGGAACGUACACAAGAGUUUAUGCCCACUUGAUGGGAGUUGCAAGGGGUGGUAGCGUUGGGAUUCGCUAUUGUGAUGAAGUCAAGAAGUCCAAAAAGUUGCAACGUGAAAUCUACAAACAAGUAAGAAGAGCUGAGAGUGCACCAGGUGCUAUAAGUUUAAAGAGGUCUAGAACCGAAAGAGCGGCAUCUUCUACUGCCUCUUCAUUUCCGGUUAGUCAAAGCACCAUUGUUGAAUCAUUUAAAAAGCUUGAGCAUGAAGAUGUUGACCACCAUGUCAUGAGAUUCUUGUGUGCAAAUGGUAUCCCAUUUAAUGUUUUAAGGUCCCCAUAUUGGGAGGACAUGGUUCAUGGGAUUAGUCAAUUUCCAAGAUACAAAGCACCAUCAUUUGAAAGGGCAACAACAGUGCUGCUUGAUAAUGAGAAAGAAAGGGUGUCUGAGGAGAUAGACGAUUUCAAACAAAAGUGGCCAAUUCAUGGGGUCUCUAUCAUCUCCAAUGGGUGGACAAAUGCAAAAAAUCAACCACUAAUUAAUGUACUUGCUUCAAAUCUUUAUGGUGCAGCAUUCCUUUAUGCUUAUGAUUUUGCUGCAGUAGAAAAUUCUGGGAAAGAUAUUGCUCAGUUUUUGGUAAGGGCAAUUGAAGAAGUUGGGCCAUCUAAUGUUGUCCAAAUCGUGACAGAUAAUGCCUCUAAUUGUCAGUUUGCAGGGAAUGAGGUAAGGAUUUCAUAUCCACACAUUUUUUGGUCACCAUGUAUGAUUCACACUUUGAGCCUAAUACUUAAAGAUUUGGCAAAUGAAUUUUCCUGGUUGCGAAAUGCAUAUGUUGUUGCAAAAGAUAUUGUCAAGUACAUAACUAACCAUGGUCAAACACUUGAUAUAUUUAGGAACCACUCAAAGCUAGAGGUUCUGAAGACUGCAAAAAAAAGAUUUGUUUCCCACUACACUGUAUUAAAGCAUUUGAUAGAUGUAAAAGAUACAUUGAGAGCUGUAGUGGUUACAGAUGAUUGGGAUAAAUGGGCUAACUUUUGUAGAGAUGAGGAGAUGAAAAGUAAAGCUAAGGUAGUACAAGAACAUGUAAUGUCUGAGCAGUUUUGGGGGCAUGUGCAAUUUAGUUUGUUAAUUACAAGGCCCAUAUAUGAAAUGAUAAAGUUUCUUGAUCGCGAUGAACCUUUAAUUGGUGAAGUUUAUGAAAGCAUGGAGAAUAUGAUUGGUCAAAUAGAACAGAAUCUCAAAGAUCAUGAUGAUAUGUAUGAGAAAGUCUCUAAGAUGAUUUAUUAUAGGUGGGACAAGUUGAAUUUGCCAUUGCAUUGUCUAGCUCAUGUUUUGACUCCAAAAUACUACAACUUUGAGUACUUGAAAAGUUUAAGUUCAGGUGGAGCUCUUCGUGUGCCUCCAGAUCAAAAUGUAGACAUAAUGGAUAAAGCUAAAGAGGCCAUUUACAUGAUAACUCAAGAUGAAGAAACAACUGAUGAAGUUAUAUUAGAGCUUUUGGAAUUUAUAGAUAAGAAAGGAAGUUUUGGUACUAAAGAGGCAACACGGCAUGUUACAAAGUCAAAUUUUUCUGUGCUGGAUUGGUGGCGCCUUCAUGGUGGCAAGACAAAAUUAAAAGCAAUAGCUAUUAAGGUCCUAUCACAAGUGGUUACUGCAUCUUCAAUUGAGCGCGAAUGGAACACAUACAACUAUAUCCAUAAUGUGAAAAAGGAUGUCCUGAAUGGACAUCGAGCAGACACACUUGUUUAUAUCCAUUCAAAUCUUCGCCUAUUGAGUAGGUACAAAAAUAAGUCUGCUUAUUUGCUUGGGCCUCAUAAAAAAUGGGACCUUGAUCCUGAGAAUCCUGUUAUUGAGGAAGACCUAAUCAAACUAGAAGAUGAUCAAUUGGAGCAUAUUGAAGGUCAUGGUGAUAAUGAUGGAGAUUGCACUUGUUUGAAAGAAAAUGGGUGGCUAUUAGCUUCAAUUGAUGAGGAGGUCACAGAGGGUCACGACCAAGAAAAUGCAAAGAUGGGUGUUCCUAAAUCCGGUAAAAGAGAUGCUAGAUCUGUAACAAAUCGGGGUCCUAGUACUUUCCAGUCUCGAGCUUCUAGCAUCUCACAUGAAUGUGGACCAGCAUUACGACCUCCCAAGGUUCCAACUUGUAUGUCUAAUGUUGUUAGUAGAGGGGGGAGAAGAGGCGCUGCUGGAGGAAGUAAAAGAGGUGGUCGCAUGAGUUCAGCUCAUGCUACAAGUACCUAUGAUCUAAAGGAGAAGGGAAACAUGCUAUGAAGUUUCAUCUAUUGCCUUUUGGCCCUUUUGUAUGUAUAUGUGUAGGGAGGAGGCGAGGUAAUUAAUUAGCUUGCCUGAUUGUGGUUGACAUGGAUCUAGUUUCUAGACAUAUGUAUCCAUAUGUUUUUUUUUUUAUUGCCACGUCCCUUUCUGUUACCAUUUGUUUUGCUGAUAGCAAUGCAUUGUUUUUCAUGAGUC